GUGGGCUGCUCCGCGGCUCGCGGACCUGCCUGGGUUGGAGAGGUGCGCACGUCCGCCCCUCACCCUGAAGCUGGCAUCUCCUGCCCGGGAGAUGGUCGCUGCACCUUGAGUUCCUGAGUCCCUGGAGCCACCACCUGCGACGCCCUUCCCUUCUCCUGAGCUGUGCCCAGACGCCCAGCGAGAGAAUUCCAGGACAAAGAGAGAUCUUCAAAAAGCAAAAAUGAAGAUCAAAUCUAUGUGCCAGUGGUUGGCACUGUUCAUUCUUCUAAGUCACCCAACUCUAACUCUUCGAUCCUCUUCAAGUGGAAACACAUCAACAACAGAGCCUGAGCCAUUUCUGUACACCAUAGGACGAAAGAAGCUGCAGGAGGCAGAGAAGAAGUGCUAUGAGCGCAUGCAACAGAUGCCCCCAUACCAAGGAGAAGGUCCAUAUUGCAACCGCACCUGGGAUGGAUGGAUGUGCUGGGAUGACACACCAGCUGGAGAAACGAGCGUUCAGUCCUGCCCAGGUUAUUUUCCAGACUUCGAUCCAUCGGAAAGGGUUACAAGAUACUGUGAUGAAACAGGUGUUUGGUUUAAGCAUCCUGAAACCAAUGAAAGCUGGUCCAACUAUACUCUGUGCAACUCUUUCACCCCUGAGAAAAUCCAGAAUGCAUACAUUCUGUACUAUUUGGCUCUGGUGGGUCAUUCUUUGUCGAUUAUCACCUUAAUAGCUGCCCUGGGGGUUUUCUUCUAUUUCAAGAGACUUGGCUGCCAAAGGGUAACCCUGCAUAAGCACUUGUUUGUGACUUACGUUAUGAAUUCCAUCAUUAUCAUCGUCCACCUGCUUGUGGUAGUACCCAAUGGAAAUCUUGUGCGAAGGGACCCGUUGGAAUUGUGCCUAUCCCACUCUACUGCUUGCUCUGGCAUUAUUUUCUUAACACUUCCAAAGUGCUUCCUUUGCCAAUAUCCGGAUCAUCUUCCGGUCUAUUUAUCCAAGGCGAGCUGCAAGAUUCUGCAUUUCUUCCACCAGUACAUGAUGUCCUGCAACUAUUUCUGGAUGCUCUGUGAGGGGAUCUAUCUGCAUACCCUCAUUGUGAUGGCUGUGUUCGUGGAGAGGCAGCGCAUGUGGUGGUAUUAUCUCUUAGGCUGGGGGUUCCCGGCUCUGCCAACCGUUGCCCAUGCUAUUACCCGGGCCGUGUACUACGAUGACAACUGCUGGCUGAGUAUGGAAACCUAUUUGCUUUACAUAAUCCACGGCCCUGUCAUGGCAGCAUUAGUGAUCAACUUCUUCUUCUUGCUGAACAUUGUCCGUGUGCUUGUGGUCAAAAUGAAGCAAACCCGUGAGCCGGAAUCGUACAUGUACCUGAAGGCUGUGAAGGCUACUUUGAUCCUUGUGCCCCUGCUGGGAAUCCAGUUUGUUAUCUUUCCGUGGAGACCUUCCAACAAGGUGCUUGGGCAGAUCUAUGAUUACGUCAUGCAUUCUCUGAUUCAUUUCCAGGGAUUCUUCGUCGCGGUUAUCCACUGCUUCUGCAACAGUGAGGUCCAAACCACCCUGAAGCGCCAUUGGGCGCAGUACAAGCUCCAGCGGAACCGCUGGGGAAGCCGCCCCUCCAACCGCUCUGCCGCUCGCGCUGCAGCUGCAGCAGCUGCUGAGGCUGGAGACAUCCCCAUCUACAUCUGCCAUCAGGAGCUGAGGAAUGAGCUCGCCAUUGACGUGGAAGAGGAGGAGGAGGGUGUUGAGAUCAUCCCUUUGAAUGUCAUUGAGCAAGAGUCAUCCGCUUGAAUGUGAAGCAAACACAGCAUUGUCGUGAUCACUGAGCCUUCAUUUCCUGGGAGAAAGAUAAAUCAUGUGUUUAAAGUGAUUCCCAUCCUCCCAGGCGCUGAGCAUACCAUUUGUGAAGAAUUAUUAAGUGAAUUUGUCCAUAGUAAAUCUGGAGAAAGUUAUUCUUGGUACUAUUGCUUUGGGAGACAGUCUAGGAAUGGAGUCUCCCACUGCAACUUGUGAACCCCAUCAUUCAUCCGAGUUUGAGAUACAGUUAUCAUAGUAAUGCAAGUAAAGUAUCCAAGAAAAACAAUCUUAAUUGACCUAGAUUAAAUACAGGGUGCUCCUUGUUAAUCUUGAGCCAUUUAUACCUUUGAAAAAUUCAAGUUACUGUCAAUAUUUUUCUUUUUAACUCUAGAUUUUGAAUUAGAAUAUUUCUGUAUUUGACUAUAGAUCCGAUUUUUAUUUUUAAUUUCAAUCAAUUCUGAUGAUACUCAGAUAUUUUAGCAUCCCUACUAUGUAAACUGCACAAAUUACAUGACCUCUACAAAACAAAGUGGCUUUUUAACAGAAAGAUGACUAAGUUUCUUGGAGAAAAGACCUGCAUAUGGCAGGAAUAUGUAAUGCUUUGAAUGAAAAAGAAAUUGGGAGUCAAUUUACUGGAAACAUCAUAUGCUUGGCUUGACUUUGGAUAGUCCUGUCCAUUGGGCAGGGCCUAACUGCUGUAAGGAAUUGGUUUUAAUGUUGAAUCUGGUUUGGUUGCUGAUAUUUAUAAACUGGGAGGUCACAAAGAAUCCAUCACUCAAUUUUUCACAAAACUGCCAAAAAUAUAAUUCUUAGUGGAAGAGAAUCCUCUCUUUAAAGAGAGUUUUCCACUUUCCUAAACUCCUGGAUUUAUAAAGCAAUUCACUCCAAGGUUUAUAAAGCAGAUUACCUCUUGCCCUUGGGUGCUAUCUAGCAGUAAAAGAUAAAUUUGUUGAAGACUAGUAAUUAAAAGACUCCAUAUAAGUCCAUUAACUGCCUUCCACCCAGCUUCAAAGCUUAACAAGAUCUCGGUCUUUUCCAGGAAGAUUCAGUAGGGCUAAUUAGAAAUCAGUUUGUAGUUGACCUCUUGUUUGCUGCUAUUAGCAAAACAGGAAAAAAAAAGGUACUGCUACAAGUUUAACCAUAAAUCAAUUCACGUUAAAAUAAAAGUACAGCUUCUUAUUAAAACACCAUAUUAUAUUCUCUCUCUCUCUCUUUACUUCCCAGUAUAAGAUCUUCAAAAAUCCCUGAAUAAACCAGUAUCAUUACUGAAAUUAAUUUAUGAAUUUGCAACAUAAUCUGAGUUACCAUUAUUUAAUUUGUAUGCUAAAUGAAGAGAUAUAUUGAAACCCUCAAAAUCCCAAGUCUCAUCUAUGUCAUCUUAUGCCACUGCCUUUCAGAAGUGAUUUAAUUGUGGAAAGACAAUAAAUUGAUUUGUUCUGGUUACAUAUUUAGUGCACCCAGAAAAAAUUAUAUUACUCUAACGAAAAUUUAUUUUGGAUACUGAAGUUGCUUAAGUCUCCUUUACUGAAUGUAAGGGAGGAGUUGAAAAGAAGGUAUUUUUCCAAUCAUAGUGUUAUGUAGUAAUGUUCUAUUUUUGUUUACAACAUGGAAAACAGAGUAUUUCUGGCAGCUGUGGUACAAUGUGAUAGUAUAUUGCUCAAAUAUUUUAGAUGUGAUUGUGCUAAUAUAGUAGGGGCUGAAGACAACCAAACAGCUUAUAGUAGAAUUGUGAAUAAGUUUUCUUAAAAUUAUGUGAAAUGCUUGUGCUGUGUAUAUGUGUAACUUAAUACAGACUAUAUUAAA